AUGAUCCCCAGCUACUAUGCGCUUCUGACUGUCAUGAGGGGAAGUCAAGGGAUAGUCCUAAGCAACCAGUUUGUAGAUGGUGGUGAUGGAUCCUUCUUCGCGAUGUUCGAUUUCGACGAGAUCGAGGAGAAGUUGCAGCAGCAAGCUGCUGCUGCCAACCCUGUGCACACCCCCUCCAUUGAUGGGGAGUGGGAAGACAAUGAGGGCGCGGUGGUCAUCAUCAAAAACCAGCGCAUGCGCGGUCCAGAUGGAGUGGAGGUGGAGGUUUCUUUCCCACGUCCCGAUGCUGUCGUCUUCUCCCCCAACUCUGGUGCCCCGACCUUUGAGGGCAAAUUGACAGCUUCCGACAGGAUCUCUUGGGAUGAUGGUGCCUCCUGGGUCCGACGGCCCUUGUCAAAGAAGCAGGCAGGCCAGAAUGGCACAAAGGCAGCCAACAAAGCCGGAGCUCCGACUCCCAACCAAACAAAGACUUUGGACCAGAAGGAGAACCUGGCUGGGAAGGCGUCUUCAGCGAAGCCGACCGGCGUGAACGGCAAGAUCCCGGGAGGGACCGCUCCUGGCACUCAACCGACACCAACGAGGUCUGAGGCCAGCAGCAAGUCCACCGCCCGGGUCCCACGGGUCCUUCCUCAGGCAGAGCGUCCUGACGCUGCACACAACCCGCCUUCGGACCGCGGCACGCGGGAGCGUGCCAGUGACAAGAAGGUCCCCGCGAGCAUCCCCACGGUCAUCCCCACGGGUGUCUCUGGUGUCUCCAGCAGCGAAGCCUCCAGCCGUGACUCAGCCUGGAACUACGAGCGCUUCGAGGUCAUGAAGCCCAUUGUCUUUGUCCGAGAGAGCCCAGGCCUGAAUACACCGAAGGUGGCCCAGGUGACAAGAGGCUGUGUGGUGUCUGGGAGGGUGCAGGAUGCAUGGCUUUGCUUGGAUUCCGACAGCCGCGCAUCCGCAAAUGUGCCUGAAACAGCCCGCGGUGCUUACAUGCUGAUCGAUGGCAGAAGCCACGGUCUCGGCCUCCUCCUGGAGUCGCGAGGCUGUCACGGCAGCUCCAAGGGCUCCUUUGCCCAUCCCCUGGAGUUCACCGCUCUGACGAAUCUCCACGUCAGAGCGAAGCCAAGUCUCAGCUGCCCUUCGGCGGGGUGCGUGGCUGAGGGCUCGCAAGUGCAGGGUUAUCCAGGUGCCGAGUCAUGGCUGGAGCUGGUUGGAGGUGGGUUCUUGCCAAUCGCAACGCCCAGCGACAAAACAGGUGAGGUCUCGGCAAACUUGGAGAGCAAGGACCAUCUCCUCCGCGAGUGUACACAUGUAAAGAUUACGUGCUGA